AUGGAGACAUCUGACCUUCGCACAGAGGAGGAGAGAGGCACCGAAACGGUUAAUGCCACAGCUCUCAGAUGCGCCCGCGCCAUUACCACCGACAGCUUAUCCUUAGACCGAGCUCACCCCCGCAGCUCUACGCCGAGGCUGAAGGGGGGGGGGGGGGGGCCACCGCAUCGAAGAACCCACCGCAACGCCCCCCUCCCGGGACACCAACCCCAGGCCCCGGGGGCCCCCCCGGCUCGCCCCGAGCAGCCCCCAGGUCUCACCGGGUGCGGGCAGCGCCUUGGCAGGCCGGCAGCGGGCCGGGCCGGGGCGGAGGCGGCUCUCGUUGUGCUGGAGCUGCGGGCCGGCCCGGCCGCGCUCCGCCAGUCCCGGAGCGCCGCGGCGGCGGCACCGCCCCUGCCCGCCCCCGCCCCGCCCCGCCCGUUAAAGGACCCGGUGCCCCCGCCCCCUCCGCCGGCCCGAUGUUGCCCAACAGGGGCGGCAGCGCUGCCCAAGGGUCACGGCAGCGCCGGCGGGGCCCGUUUUGAUGGUAUAACCACGGCCCCGGCGGGUGGAGGAGAUGAACCGCUGAAAACCGGCGGGGGAGCGCUCGCCAGCGGGGCUCGCAAGGCACGGCCCGUCCAGGGGCUGCAGCCGCCCGACCCUGCUCCCGGGGACACCGCAGGGGGGAGCCGGUGCCCCCAGCCCACCGGACGGCUCCCACCGCUACCGGACCCCCUUCAAGCCCCCGGCCCACCAACCCCCCCGGUGCCCGGGCCGGUCCCGGCCCGCCCCCCCCGGCCGCCGUACCCGGGGGGCGGGGCCCGCGCACGAGGCCCGACACGGCGCACGCACCGGCCCCGGGACCCCCCGCCGGCCGCUGAAAGGGCGUUCCGAAUGUCACCCCGCCUCGCCUCAUUGGCCGAGCUCGUCGCGCAGUGCAUCACGGGAGUUGUGGUUGCUCCUCUCGCCGCCCCUCGGCGGCGCAGUUCGAACGGGCACCGCAUUUCCCGUCAGCCUUUGCGGGCACUGCCCGACUCCGCACGGCUGGGCCGCCUCAUCCGGGCCCUCCGGCGGGCCCGGCCAAUCGGCUCUCGGCGGGGGCGCACGGCGGGCGCUGAUUGGCCAGAUUCUGCUUCACAGGAAAAGGAGGGAAGCCAACCAGGCGAAGCCGGGCUCAAGUAA